AAAAACGAUCAUCUUACCGAAAUCAUAUCAAGAUAUGGUAGAUGCUUGGCAAGCUGAUAACCAAACGUUGCUGUCAAAACUCCUGACAAGGCAUACAGCUGAAAUUGACCUGAAAAAAGCAGUAAUGAAAUUGCAUGACGAAAGAUUGCUGCAAGAUCCAGAGGUUGAUAAACAGUUGAGAGAACUAGGGCUUUUUGUUCAAUGUGAUGGAAGUACUCAAAAUGCGAAGUCACACAAAAGGAAGAUAGCAAAUACGAUGAAUAAGCAUGAAACCAAAAGAACAAAACAGAAUGACCAUGAAGAUGCAGUGGACACUACACUGACAGAAUUAUUACCUGGCUGCUCAAUUGGCCAACUGCUAGACGGCCAAAGUGAUUCACUCCUGCUGGAUAAGAUAAGUCAGCACAUACCAGAUUUUCUUGGAGAUGAAGCUGACAAUGUACAAUUUCACUGGACAUAAACUGUCCGAGAAAACGAAGUAUUUUUUGCUGUAAAGUUUCUUAAUACUUUGAUUUUGGAUAACGGAUAUUGUUAUAUAACAAUUUAGUAAAAUUAAUAGUUUGGAAUUUGUUAGGUUCAUUUUUCUUGUAAUAUUUCAUGAGGAAUCAAUUUUUAAAAAGAUGGGAAUGUGUCAUCAGUGCAAAACAAUAUGACAGGGUGAACAGCACAAGCAUUAAAUCCUGUACUUAGGUAUUUUCAUAGAAAAAGUUUACAGGAACACAAAUUUUAUAUAAUUCCACAUAAUUGUUCAAUGUCGACGCUCCAUAAAUGUGUAUACAUAUAAAUGUUUGUAAGUGUGUUUCAUAUUUUAUUUUUUUAAGUCAAAUUCUG